CCUCCGCCCUCCCUCCCGCCGGGGCGGGGACAGGUGCACGCUCCCGGGCGCGCUCCCGCAGAGCCGGGCCGGACCCGAGCGCCCCCCGCAGGCUGACCCUGGGGACAGCAGCCCUCCACCUGCAGACGCCGCCAUGGCCUUCCUGGUCCAUCUGUUGGUCUGCGUCUUUGGGAUGGGCUCCUGGGUGGCCAUCAACGGGCUGUGGGUGGAGCUGCCCCUGCUGGUGAUGGAGCUUCCCGAGGGCUGGCACCUGCCCUCCUACCUCACGGUGGUCAUCCAGGUGGCCAACGUCGGGCCCCUGCUGGUCACCUUGCUGCACCACUUCCGGCCUGGCUGCCUCUCUGAGGUCCCCAUAAUCUUUACCAUCCUGACCGUGGGCACCGUCACCUGUGUCCUCUUCGCCUUCGUCUGGAACAUAACCUCCAGGGUGCUGAGGGGCCACCACAGCAUCGCCUUUGUCGUCCUCACCUUCUUCCUGGCUCUGGUGGACUGCACCUCCUCUGUCACCUUCCUGCCCUUCAUGAGCCGGCUGCCCUCCUACUACCUCACCACCUUCUUCGUGGGCGAAGGAUUCAGUGGCCUCCUGCCUGCGCUGGUGGCUCUGGCCCAGGGCUCGGGUAUCACCACCUGUGUCAAUGUCACAGAGCCAUUGGAUGCCACCUCGAGCCCUAUGACCACCAGGGAGACCCAUGGCACACAGGGACCCGGCAGCCCCACAGUGUGGGCCCCUGCUGGCCGCCUGGAGAGCCACUACCUCCCUGCACGCUUCUCGCCUCUGGUCUUCUUCCUGCUGCUGGCCGGCAUGAUGGGCUGCUGCCUGCUGGCCUUCUUCCUGCUCCAGCGGCGGUCCCGGGCCCAGCAGGGCUCUAUCGAAGAUCUCCUCCAGUCCCAGGUCACCCUCCACUCCAUCCGGCCACGUGAGGAGAAAGAUACAGGCCCCCUGGACCCGGCAGAGAGCAGCAAGGGCAAGGGGCACCUGGAGGAGAAGGUGGCCGCCCUGCGCCCCGCACAGCUGGCCUUCAUCUACACCCUGGUGGCCUUCGUGAAUGCACUCACCAAUGGCGUGCUGCCCUCCGUGCAGACCUAUUCCUGCCUGCCCUAUGGGCCUGUCGCCUACCACCUGUCUGCCACCCUCAGCUCUGUGGCCAGCCCGCUCACCUGCUUCCUCUCCAUAUUUCUGCCUAGCAGGUCUCUGCCAUUUCUGGGGGUCAUCACCGUGCUGGGGACCGGCUUUGGGGCCUACAACAUGGCCAUGGCUGCGAUGAGCCCCUGCCCCCUCCUCCAGGGCCACUGGGGGGGAGAAGUUCUCAUUGUGAUGUCCUGGGUGCUGUUCUCAGCCUGUCUCAGCUACAUCAAGGUCAUGCUGGGUGUGAUCUUGCGCGACCGGAGCCGCAGUGCUCUCGUGUGGUGCGGGGCGGCGGUGCAGCUGGGCUCGCUGGUCGGGGCGCUGCUCAUGUUCCCGCUGGUCAACGUGCUGAGGCUCUUCGUGUCCGCGGACUUCUGCAACCUGGACUGCUCUGCCUAGGAGGCCCCAGGGCAAUGCCUGGAAGCGAGGGAGAGGCAAGGGGGUGGUCAAGAUCACAGCCCCGAGGUAGGGAGCAGCAGGACAGAGCUCAAGCCUCAGGACCAUGAACCGUACCAGGCUGGAUGGGGGCCUUGGAAGCAGUUGUGGGGGGCAGUAUUGUUAUUUUGUUUUACUUUUUUAAAAAUAAAGACAUUGUUGCUUUUACACUCA